ACAGUAAGAUUAUAAUAGGAUUAUGGUUGAAACUCUUCUUGUCAGAUCUGCUGUCAGUCUCCAUCGAGUGUGUUUCUUUGUAGGCGGAGCUGCGCCGCUAAUAUCAUGCGCAUACGCGGUCUUUGUCCCGGCGUGGACUCGACUAUAUAGCUGUAAAGGCGAAUAGGGAAGCACAACUUCACACUUUGAGCUGGCGGGUUCCUGAGUGCGGGUUUUUCAAGUUCUGUCAAGAUAUUUUAACGCUUCGAUUCAGGACAAUGGCUGAAAAUACAAAAACAGUUUUUGAUAAACCCAAGGUUGAGCUACACGUGCAUCUCGAUGGUGCUUUCCGAAUCAAGACCAUUAUAGAUGUGGCGAAGAGGCGAGGAAUCAAACUUCCUGGGGCUGGGGACGAAGCUGAAAUGAAAAAACGGAUCACGGUGAAUGAGCCCUCCACACUUACAGAAUUCCUUGGCAAGUUCAAUCUCUACAUGCAUGUCAUUGCAGGUGACAGAGAGGCCAUCAGAAGGGUAGCCUAUGAGUUUGUGAAAACAAAGGCCAGAGAGGGAGUGAUCUAUGUGGAAGCAAGAUACAGCCCUCAUCUUCUGGCCAACUGCGGGGUGGAUCCAAUACCGUGGGGCCAAGAAAAAGGAGACGUAACUCCAGAUGAAGUGGUGCGUCUGGUGAACCAGGGGUUAAGCGAAGGGGAGAAGGUCUUCAAAACUAAAGCCAGGUCCAUUCUGUGCUGCAUGCGUCAUGAACCAAAUUGGUCUAUGGAAGUGGUGGAGUUGUGUAAGAAGUAUCGCAAUGAUGGAGUUGUGGCAAUAGACCUUGCAGGAGAUGAAUCCAUGAACUGUGAGGCGGACUCUGGUCACAGGAAGGCUUUUGAGGAAGCAGUCAACAGUUGUGUACACAGAACAGUUCAUGCAGGAGAAGUAGGCCCUCCAUCCGUCGUUAAGGAGGCCGUGGAUGUUCUGAAAGCAGAACGCAUUGGUCAUGGCUACCACACCAUAAAGGAUGAAGAUCUAUAUAAAAGAUUGCUUAAAGAGAACAUGCAUUUCGAGGCGUGUCCUAUCUCCAGCAGGCUGACAGGAGCUUGUGACCCUAAUUUUAUUAAACACCCCAUCAUCAGAUUUAUGGAGGACAAAGCAAAUUACUCCAUAAACACAGAUGACCCUUUAGUCUUCAACUCCACCCUGGACUCAGACUACAAGGUGGCACAGCAAUACAUGGGCUUCACCGAAGACGAAUUUAAGAGACUGAAUAUAAAUGCAGCAGAGUCCUGCUUCCUUCCUGAAAAUGAGAGAAAUCAGCUUGUUAAAGAUCUCCGUGAGGCCUAUGGUAUGGUAAAAAGCACCAGCUUAUGAGCCCAGCACCACUUUUACAGAGAUGCGGAGCCUUUAAAGAUAUUUGCCUUUACAGGAAUGUAAGUGAGUCCUUGAAGUGUGAAAAAAAUCUCAAGAACUUGUAUUCCUAUUUCUCAUUGAAAUUUUU